AUGUCCAUUCAAGCAGCCGAUAUCGACACAGUUCUGCUUCCAGCACUCAAAAUUCUUAUCAAACGCGAAUUUCCACUAAGUACAGAACUUGAGGAUGACUACCUUAGAAAGGUUCUCGAGUUUUUGAAACAAAAUGAAGAAAAGUUUGCUUUCCUAUCAAUGCUUACU